UCACAUUCCGAGGUUAGCCUGCAGUGGGCCAAGGAGAAGGGCAACGCCGAGUGCGUGCGCGCCUUCGAGGAGCAUGCGGCGGCGGCUGAGGCGGAGGCGGAGGCGGCGAGGAAGGCGGAGAGGGCGGCGGCGGAGGCGGAGGCGGCGCGGCAUGCCGAGGCGCUGCUGGCGGAGGAGGAGGCGGAGAAGGAGGCGGAGGAGCGCAAGGAGAGCAAGAAGGGCAAGAAGAAGAAGAAGAGGAGGAGCGGCGCGGCGAGGCCGUCGUCUCGGCUCCGGGCCCCGGCGCCAUCGCCGCCUCGCCGCCGCCAGCCCCGCCGCCAGCCUCGCCGCCCCCACCCGCCGACGCAGCCGCCAUCGCCGCGGCGGACGAGGCGCUGCAGCAGGCAGUGGCCGCUGGCUCGUACGAGGGACUAGCGAGCGCGCUGGAGGCGUACAGCAGCCUCGCGAGCCCGGCCGUGCUGGCGGCGGCGAGGCGCGCGCGCGACAAGCUCAAGGAGGCGCGGAAGCGUGAGAGCCAGCGGCUGCGCAAGGCGCAUGGCGCGGCGAUGGGCGCGCUCAAGUCGCUCGACACAGCGGACAGCCCCUCCGCGCUCCGAGCGGGCAUUGCCGCCGCCAGGCCGCACGUGGGAGUGCUGCCUGCCUUGGACGGGGAGAUGAGCGCGGCAGAGUCGCGGCUGGCAGAGCUGUCUGUCGGCUCCAAGCCGUCCACAGCGGAAGAGGCGGUUGCUCGGCCCGUCGAGAUAGCCUUGUCGGACCUCACCGCGGCGACCGAUGGGUUCGCCGACAGGAAGCUGAUUGGCAGCGGCGGAUUUAGCCGCGUCUACGAGGCGUCGGCCGACCUCCACCUCUCCCUCUCCGCGCCACCACAGCUGCGCCACUUGCCGCUCGUCGUCAAGCGGGCAAAGUCGGACCAGUCGGGAGGGCUGUUGCGGGCGGAGCUCGAGGUGAAGAUGCUCAAGGCGGUGAGCCACCCGCACCUGCUGCCGCUUCUCGGCUACUGCCUCUCGCCCGACGGCAUCUGCCUCCUCUCGCCGCUGAUGCGUGGAGGCUCGCUCGAGGCGCGGUUGCGUAUUUCGGAUCCCGACCGCGCGGCGCUCCGGCGGCUGGGCAUGGCGGAGCCGCCGAGGCCGCUGACGUGGCGGCAGCGGGUGCGUAUCGCGUGUGAGGCGACCGAGGCGCUCGUCUACCUCCACUCGAAGGGCAUCGUGCACCGCGACGUCAAGCCAGAACAACAUCCUGCUCGACGAGAAGCUGGCCGCCGUGCUCGCCGACACGGGCUUCGCCAAGGACCAGCGGCCGGACGCUUCUGUUCGCUGCCGCUCGACCGCCGCCCUCUACAUGACCACGGGCUACCUCUGCCCCUCCAUCACCAAGGGAGGCGAGUACUCGAGCAAGACAGACGGGUACGCGGUCGGUGUCACCCUCCUCGUCUGCCUCACCAACCGCUCGGAGGUGCAACUGACCGACCGGUGCGAGGACGAGUUUGAGGAGGACUGGACCGACAUCGACGCGGCAACGAUCGCGGACGCGGCGGCGGGGUGGCCAGCCGACGCGGCGCGCACUGUCAAGGACCUCGCCAAGGCGGACGGGAAGAGCCUCUGCCACGACAGCCUGCGCAAGAGGCCGACGCUGCCCGAGGCAAUCACGACUCUGCGGGCGCUGCUGUCUGCGGGCAGGGCGGGGAUGGAGGAGGCUGCGCCGGCGCCUGCAGGUGAGGCCCACACCACCGGCUACGAGCCUUCGCCGCUCUCGGUGCAGGUGCGCGGCAUGCGCACGGGCGGCGACGCGCAGGCGCGCAUCCAGGACAACAUGCUGCUCGCCUUCAAAACGCUGAUGCCGCGUCUCGAUUCCGUUUACGCCUCGCGCUCCGCGGCGGCGCCCGACGGCUUCGAGGAGCGCAUCAACUUUUGGCACCGCGAGUGCGGCCUGCCGACCGAGCUGCGGAGCCAGCUGCACUCGCUGCGCAUCUGGGCGAACGCGGCGCGGCACCACGACGCGGCGAGGUGGCGGAGGGACGGGCCGCGCAGCGAGGGGGAGGCGUCGCGGCUCGUGGCCGCGGUGAGGGAGGCGAUCGGGGCUCUCCAGGCGGGAUGAUUGUUAUAUGCCGGGACGACGGCCAGCGCGACGACGGUCCACGCCGGCGAAGUUUUUUCUUUUACCUAAUGGCGGCUGCCAAGAGUUUUCGUUGAGAAA